CACCAGAAGACUCCGUCACCGGCCCUUCUCCGGAUUACCGGAUCCAAGGGGUACAAUUAUAUAGUUACGCGAGAGGAGACUUUACGGCGCUCACAGAUUAUAGAAUGGGUCUGCUAUCGCUUCUGCGUAAGUUGAGACCGAAUCCGGAGAAGGAGGCCCGCAUCCUGCUCCUGGGCCUGGACAACGCGGGAAAGACCACGAUCCUGAAGCAACUGGCCUCGGAGGACAUAACCACGGUGACGCCCACGGCAGGAUUUAAUAUCAAGUCCGUGGCAGCCGAUGGUUUCAAGCUCAAUGUUUGGGAUAUUGGUGGUCAGUGGAAGAUCAGGCCAUAUUGGAAGAACUACUUUGCCAAUACAGAUGUGCUGAUUUACGUGAUCGACUGCACGGAUCGGGCUCGACUUCCUGAAGCGGGCAGCGAACUGUUCGAGAUGCUAAUGGACAAUCGGUUGAAGCAGGUUCCCGUGCUCAUUUUCGCCAACAAGCAGGACAUGCCGGAUGCGAUGAGUGCCUCCGAGGUGGCGGAGAAGAUGAGCCUGGUGCAACUGCAGGGAAGGACUUGGGAGAUCAAGGCCUGCACCGCCGUGGAUGGCACUGGCCUCAAGGAGGGAAUGGACUGGGUCUGCAAGAACAUGAAGAAGUAGCCUAAGCCAUCAUUACACUCGCCUGUUAAGUUGUCCCUAAGUUAAAGAAUAAACACUAUACGUAAAUAUUAUCUCAUUAUUAUAAACCAAGUUUUUAAAAUCGUAAAAACGACUGUAUUUUUAUGUCAACUACUAUUGCUCUCUAAAUAAAGAAAUUGAAAACAACAAA